AGUGCUCACGAGGCCAGAACGCCGCUGCGUGUCUUCUGUCCCGGUUAAUAAAGGACUGAGGGCCGUGAGGGCGGGGCGCGUGACUCACAACACCGGGGUCUUAAACUAACACGGAGAGGGACAUGUCAGGAGUCGCGUGGUCGGUUGGCGUGGGAUUUCUGUUUACUCCAUGAACGUGUCCAAAAACGAGCACGAGACCAAGAACGGAUGGGAGCUCGCUUUGAACAGCGGUGAAAUCACGGAGCGAUGGUCGGUCCGAGCCGUGCAGAACCACCGGGCUCGGGAGAAACGGCGCCGUGAUACCAGGUUCUCAGCAUCUGAGCUUCACGUUUGGUCUCGAAUAGUUCUCACGCGGCCAGACGUUUAGUGCUCCGCGCGUAGCCUGGUGAAGUAUCGCGCACAGGCGCGCUGGAUCUUCUCAGAGCUUAGACACGGAACCGCGAGCUUGCGAGGGUCACUUUGCCCGAGCAUCGUUUUAGUCGAAAAGUCACGCGAGCCGAGGCCUGGGUUGGUUUGGCCAUGAGGAGCAGCGAGGACACGGGCGCGAGCAGCCCGUACCAGCCCACCACCGAGCCCGUGCGCUCCAUGGACGUGUUCGGGAGCGUCAGGUGCGACCUGCAGUAUCUCAGAUCCCACUUUGGUAUUUUAAAAGCGGUCGAAGUGAUCCUGUCUUUAAUGGCCUUCAUCUGCAUUGAGACGGUGAUGACGUGUUCCCCCUGCUCUGCCAUCUACCUCUUCGAGUUUGUCAGCUGCAGCACCUUCAUUGUGACGGGCGUCUUCCUCCUCAUCUUCGGCCUGAACCUGCACACCAAAGUCCCGCAAGUCAACUGGAGUCUAACGGACCUGGUUAGCACUGCCAGCUGCACUGUCUCCUUCUUCCUGGCCUCUGUGGUCUUGGCAGCUCUCAACCACCAGAACGGAGCCGAGAUCCUCGCUGUGAUCUACGGCUUUGUGGUGAUGGUGGUUUAUGGUGUGAACACAUAUCUGGCUGUGCAACGGAGGCGUUUGGGAGAGCAGUGCCCCCUGCAGGCCAGCGAGUACAUGCGUGCCCGCACAGCUUCCCGCGGAGAGGUGGAGACACAGCCAGAGCUUCAGUAACGUCUCCUCCGAGACCACCAGAGACUACACCCACCUCACGCAUGCACGCACACACAGACCCCACCUCACACACACACGCGCACA